UUGAUUUACCAGGUUUACAGAGAUAAUGAGAAGUCUUAUCAGUAUUUAUAAGACUGUUUUUUUAAGAAGCAGUAGCCUGUCAUCAGCUGCCAAAAAGUUGUUUUUGAAGUGUUUCCAGUUCGGGGUUGCUUAUUCCCGUCGCCUGUGCUGACUUUCCGAGUAAAAUUAGUAAAGGUUCAAUUAAAGUAACAAUUUUGACUCAACAUGACCAAGCAAGUUUACAUGUGUUUACAAAAUGCAUAGACGUAUAUACCAUUUACAGGACCUUAGAGAGAUGCGUCAGGCGAAAGCACAGCCUCCCAUUCUUGCUGUAGGACACAAGGUAUCCACUUUAAAUAAAUCUUAAUUCAGUAUGACCCGCAGCCAUUGUUUCUCCGCAAACACCUUGCACACACGGCACUGAACACAGCACUGAACAAGCCUUUCAAGCUUUAGUAUCGUAACAGUCCACGGACCUAAAGAACCCGGAUAGAGGAGUCCAGCACAAAGGCCGGCUCCGCGGCCUGCGCGGAGCAGCUGAAGAGGGCUCGAGCCGCGUUCCGAGCCGGACGCACGUCCAAGGAGAGCUUCCGACGCGCCCAGCUCGAGACCCUGGUCCGCAUGCUGGCCGAGCACGAGUGCGACUUCGUGGACGCGCUCUGCAGGGACCUCCACAAGCCCCGCUUUGAGUCGGUGGUGUCGGAGCUGAUCCUGGUGAAGAACGAGGCGCUGUACGCCAUCAACAACCUCACAAAGUGGAUGGAGCCCCAGCACGUGGAGAGGAACCUGGCCACCUCCCUGGAUGAGUGCAUGGUGGUGUGCGAGCCCCUGGGGGUGGUGUUGGUGGUCGGGGCCUGGUGCAGUCCAGUCCAGCUCUGCCUGGUGCCUCUGGUGGGGGCCAUUGCUGCUGGUAACUGUGUGAUCAUCAAUCCCUCAGAUACCAGCUCUCACACAGCAGAGCUUCUGCACAGACUCAUCCCGUCCUACCUGGAUAAUGAGUGCUACCAUGUGCUACUCUCCUCAGCCAGUGACCUGCCUGAGAUUGUAGAUCUCAAGUUUGAUCACGUAUUCUUUACAGGCAACAGCGCGGACGGGACCAAGGUGGCGCAGGCGGCGGCGCGCGGGCUGACGCCGGUCACGCUGGUGCUGGACGGGACGAACCCGUGCUACGUGGACGCGGAGUGCGACGCGGGCGCGGCGGGGCGGCGCAUCGCCUGGGCGCGCUUCCAGAACGCCGGGCAGAGCGCGGCGGCGCCCGACUACGUGCUGUGCCACGCCGGCGCCCGCGACGCCCUGCUGCGGGAGCUGCGAUGCGCCCUGCUGCAGUUCUACGGGCCGGACCCGCGCCAGUCCCGCAGCUACGGGCGCCUGGCCAGCGCCGAGGGCUUCGCCCGCGUCCGCGGCCUGCUCGCCAGGUCCGGCACGGUGGCCGCCGGGGGCCAGGUGAACGAGGCCGAGAAGUACAUCGCCCCUACCCUGCUGACGGAGGUGGUGGAGACGGAUCCCAUCAUGCAGCAGGAGAUAUUCGGGCCAGUCCUGCCCAUCCUGACCGUGAGCGACGUGGACGAAGCCAUCGCCUUCAUCUGCAGGCGGGAGAAGCCGCUCUGCGUGUACGCGUACUCCAGCAACAGCAAGGUCAUCUCCCGUCUGAUGGAGGAAACGUCCAGCGGGAGCUUCUGCGCCAACGACUGCAUUCUGCAGAGUCUGAUGGUGGUGCUGCCCUUUGGGGGAGUGGGUGCCAGCGGGAUGGGCUCGUACCACGGACGCGCCAGCUUCGACACCUUCUCCCACAGGAAGUCCUGCCUGCUGCGGGGGACGCGCAUCGAGUGCGUGACCUACCUGCGCUACCCGCCCUACGAGGACCGCAACCUGUCGCUCAUGACCUGGGCCAGCACCCUGUCCUACAAGAGCCAGGGCUGGUGCCAGAUCCUGUGAGGGGAAGGGGAAGGGGAGGGGGGGGGGGGGGGCGGGGGUGUCGCCGGCCACGCCCAGAGGCGGCCAUCUUGCCCUCCGCGGCGCCAAGGGAUGUGGAAGCGACCCUCGUCCUGCAGGAACGGUCCUCGUAGAGGAGGUGAGAGGAGGUGGGAGGAGGUGAACACACACUUCCCCCUCUGGUCCAGUGCUCUGCUCCUGCCGAGAAGAUCAUCUGGCCUGCCAGGCUGGUUGCUAAGCAGCGCCAGACCCGGAUCGAAUUUGUAUUUGAAAUACUUUAACUCUGAACAAGCUGGUAAAAAAAAAAAAAAAAAAAUGUUUAAAACACUGCUACAAACCGCUUAAAAUUUUCGAAAAAACAUUACUGACCAGAACUUCACAGGAAAAUGGAGCACUGUUCUAAAUAAUGGUGAAAAUCUUUCUUCUGUGGUCAGAAUCUGCAGCCAUUUUCAGUAUCCAUGGAGUUAAAGUGUAUCAUAAUAAUUUGAUCCUGGUUUGCUAUACACAUCUCUUGUGAUUCCUUAGAAGUCUGUAGCCCCCAAAUAAAGAGCUCUUUUCCCAUUUGGUCCUAGUGCUUGAAAUGUGUCAAUCCCGUUCCUGUUUUACUAGGAAAUAUAACCUAGCGGACGUAAAUCUGUAGUAAUGUAGUAUUUUGUUUGGUGGUAGUGCAGUAGUUCCAUGUGUGCAGAAGAGUCUUGAGGCUCCCACUUCUAAAGAAUGCAGUAUUGAGAAAUGUAAUAUUUAAGCUGCCUUGUUUGUUUUAUUGUGUCAAAUGUCUCUUAUAUUUAUGAGGUAAUGUCCACAAGAAAAAGUACAAUUAUCUGAAUGUGGAAUGGAAUUAGCGUAAAGUGGUUGUAAUCAAAUUAAUAAUAACUAUGCCAAAACAAUUACUUGAUCUUAAUGUUACAGUAAAAAAAUGUUUUGUCACAAUAAAGGAUUACACUUACUCGCAA